CCCGCCACUCAGACAAGACAGCUCCCCUCAGCGAAAGCUUCUUAUCGAACCCGAUCACAACAUCUGCAACCACAACCCGUCACAAUAUCACACCCUUCUUGUAACCGCAAAACCCAGAAACUCUGUCCGUCCGCCAUCAACCACCGAACCCGCACCGGACACCAUCCCUCCAGACAGAUAUCAACAGUAACCCGUCGAGCAUUAUCCGCGCCCACCUUCACGACAUCCGUACACGUCGCCACGGUAUUGCUCCUCCGACAAGUGAAAAAGCCCCUCCCAUACCUCCCCCCCCCCUUCCCGAGGCUGGCUGAUCCCGCCUCGAGCGCUUGUCGUCAUGGAUAGGCUCGCCUCAGCGCUUCUGGCAUUCCCACCAGGAGCUAGCCUCGAUGGUUUGUCCGAUAAUGCCGCCUUCGAUCAAGCUGUUAAGCCCCAUGUCAGCAACCUCUCCAAAAUACUUAGUGAUCACAGCGCCGAGUUGAUAGGCCAUGCUCCUCAGCUACUUGAACUGCUUGACCCUGCCGUUAAUUCACUGUCCUAUCUCGCUGUUUUACACGCCCUCAUAUUUCCUCGGCCGGAUCCUUCCGUCUCCAUCGACGUCAUUCUAGACGCGCUGGUUUCUUUCCUACUUUCUUUCGACGGGAGGCAGUGCCGAUAUGCCCGCGGCCACCUACAAGAUAUUUUUAACGCUGCUGGCAGCGGCCAGCUCCUCCCGCCCUCUGUUGCUGUUGAAACUCUCGCGCUAGCCAUCUUGAAUCUAGAACCAACCGGCAGUAUCCUCACCUCCUCCCACCUCCUCCUCGCGAAACUUGCCUAUACUACCAACAACAUCGAGCCCGCCCUGGAUGUUAUCGACAAGAAGAUCGUGUUCUACCCGGGCAUGGCAAACUGCGGUGAGCCAAAGUAUCUAUGCGACCUCUCUUUGUCGCCCCCGGCCUAUAUCUCGCGGGACACCGGGCUCACUUCUCCGCUUAAGUCCUCGUCUAUCAUGGAGUAUGACCUACUGUGCGGCCUGAUGUACUCGUCGAGACGAGACUGGAGCAAGGCGUGUCAGGCUUUUGAGAGAGUCGUAACCUUCCCCACACGGGAAGGCGGGGCUAGCAAGAUCAUGGUCGAGGCGUAUAAGAAGUGGUUAUUGGUUAGCUUGCUCUCUAAAGGAAACCUGGGCGAAACCCCCCCGUACACGGGAGCCACGGCAGCGAAACUUUACCUUAACUUCACAAAGCCAUACGCUACUAUCGCCGGGUUAUUUGUGGCCGAUGAUGCCGAAGAACUAAAGGCGCAUGCUGAGAAGAACGCUCAACUAUGGUCGGAUGAUGGCAACACGGGGCUAAUCCACGAAGUUUUGGCUGCCUACCAGAAGUGGCAAGUUAUAAGUCUAGAACGGAUCUACUCUAAGAUCUCCCUUUCCGAGAUACGGGAACAGACGACGAGCGCCGAAACCGGCGGGCGCCUCGAGAAUGACGAGGCCAUCGAGACGCUCAUCCAAAACAUGAUAAUAUCUGGCAUGUUGAAAGGGGUCAUCGAGAAGAACGACGACGGCUUGUCAUACCUUACCUUUCUCCCCCCGUCUACCAACCUCUCAGAGCACGAGUUUGCUAGGGAACUCGCUACUACGGCAGCACGACUGAAGAAACUGCAGCCGAUUUUCAAAGCGACGAACGAGCGCUUAAGUACUAAUAGAGAUUACAUCAAACACGUGAUCAAGGAUGCCAAACAGCGCGAGAAGAGCGAGCAGGACCCUAUCGGUUCCUUCGAUGCGCAUGUAGAUGAUGAGGAUUUGAUGGGCGGUGUGGUUGCCACCGGCUAGACGAAGAAUACACUUGCGGCGCCAUCUGCCAAUUUUGGUCGCCAGCGAUCGGCUUCGUCAUUGGAAGCAGAUUUGGCGUUUAGGAUUCAAUGCUCCCCGAGCUUGCUCCUUAUGCGUGGGUUCGCGCCCGAUUCGGAGGUCGUUCGAAAGAUGGAUGGUAUGCCAUGGCCACGCAUGCAUUAGCAGGCGACGACGUUCAGAAGGGUGACCUUCAUCGCCAGACUCGUGGAGGUAUUCAAUGCGUGGCCUGUACAGGAUAUCAUUUCGGUAGAAAUAGACGAUAGCUAAGAAUCGUUGCAAGACUACGCUGUCGAAACAGUUGUCGACCCACCAAGGACGAAUCAAUAAGGGCGACAGUAUUCUAUACUGCUGUGGACUCUUCAACAUUGUGUCAUCUUGUGCAUUCGUAUAAUCUACUCUCAUAGCAUCCGGUAUGUCGGGAUAUAACGCCCACGUACCAGGUCUCCAGCCAGCUUGAUCACGGUGAAUUUCAUUGUAGUACUUUUAGCGAGUGUCAUAUCUCGUAACAGCCAGCCUUCCCC